AUGGACGAAUUGCCAGGCGAGAUCAAAUCUUUAGGGUUGGAUUCAUUAUUUUUGCCAGGUACACAUGACUCUGGAGCAUAUGAUAAUACGCAAAAACUUCCGAUUUAUUUUGAAAAGUAUGUCUAUACUCAAGACGUUGACGUUUUGGGUCAACUAUGUCACGGAGCUCGAUAUCUGGAUCUGAGAGUAGGUUUUUAUAAUCAAUCUGAACAUUUAUGGUGGCUACAUCACGAAAUUUAUCUGGUGAGACCUUUGUCCCACAUCCUCGGGGAUAUAAAAACAUUUGUAGAAGCAACAAAUGAAAUUGUCAUCGUCGAAUUUCACAAAUUCCAAACUGGUUUUUCGAAAAAUCCGUCGGUGUACCUUGAAUUAUAUCAAUUUGGGACAUUCUACCUGGGCAAGCAUAUGGCUAAAAUCGGAUGGAAUAAGUUGCUGAAAGAUUUACAAACCGAAGGACGCAGAGUAAUUGUGACUUACAAGUUACAGCCAUUUGCCGAUGACAGCAGUAUAUGCUAA